AUGAUAGAAUUCAGUCUUUCGGAGCAACUUACAAGAUUCCAGACGAGUGACAAGCAAAGCUUCCCUAGCAUAGAAAAUCCGUCUAGCGAGCUGAAUAGCGCAAUUGAUGUUUUAGCUGUUUCUCCAGAGCUCAUAGACGAAAACGAUGAUACACUAGAGAGUCUUAUGGAUUUGGCACAUGUAUUUCCUACCUUGCAACCGCAGUUUCAGACCCAACUCACUUACCUUGUAAGUUCCUCUCUGGGUAAUCUAGCGAAGGGCAUCGGGUCCAGUCUGUCAGGCGGCACAACGAACGCCGAAAUUGUAAGCUUCGUGCCGCAAUGGAAACGACAGUUGGAAGAAUAUGGUUAUUUAACGCACGUUUUGCUGUUCUUCCUGGAAAAGGACAUCGCGACCACCGCAUCUCAAAGCAACAUAACCAAGACAAAUGGGAAGACACAGCAAAGUUCAGGAAAUAAUGUCAAUACACUUAAGAAAAUAUCAACUCAAAUUGAGAACGUCUUGGAGGGCGUUCUGAAAGUUUUCAACCUCAACUUAUCCAGGAUUUUCCCAACAACUCCUGAAAGAGACCUUUUCGUGGGCCUCUUCACAAAGCCCAUUUAUUUACUGAUUGAAACAGAGCAAAUUCUGAAAAUGUCAGCCAUAAAGUUGUUCAUAUUGAAAAUUAUCGGCACUGCUGUCAAAAACCAUGGCCAGAGUUCCAGCACACAAAAUGCAAUUCUAACAUCUCUAACCUAUUUUGUGCAUCUUAAUACUUUCAGCGCUGAGUUGCUACAGACUAUCAAUAAUGAUUUUGAUUUCCCGCAACUUACAGAAGAUAUUUUACGCGACAUCAGUAACAAAGAGUUCAAUAGCAAGGAUGCCAAGGGGCCUAAAUCCAUCGCCACAUUUUUGAUAAAGUUAUCUGAGCUUAUACCAAGGAUAGUGUUGAGACAAAUGACAUUGAUUGUGAAGCUUCUGAACAAUAGUUCCUUUACCUUGCGAUGCGCAGUUGUUGAGGCAUGUGGUAAUAUUGUAAUUGAGAUUUCUUCGAAGAGUGAAGACCUGGACGUAUACAAGCAGUCUGUAGAAGUCCUGUUGGAAUUGCUAGAAGAACGAUUUACUGAUUCAAAUCCAUACGUGAGAACAAAAGCUAUACAAGGCUGCCUGAAGAUUUGCGAUCUUCCUAUCAAAUUAAAAAAAAGUAGAUCGAACAUCCUUAUUUUGGCUGUUAGAUCUCUGCAGGACAGAUCAUCCCUGGUACGAAGAAAUGCAGUCAAGUUAUUAACUAAGCUCUUGCUGACUCAUCAGUUUGAUGCUCUCCAUGGAAUGCAAUUGAAUUUGUCUGAGUGGAAGGCUCGUCUAAAAAGUGCAGAAGAUCUCUGGACGGAAACUUUGUCUGCAUCUCAGGACUCUAGGAGAGAUACGUUAGAUGAUUUGAUCGAAAAAAGCGCUCGAGAAAACGAUGAGAACUCCUCCAGCGAAGACGAAGAUGAGCAACUAUCUAGACUUGAGAGAGAAGCAGAAGAUCUGCCAACAACAAAUGCAAAUGGAGCGUUCAAAAUGAAAUUGACUAUUCAAUACUAUAAAGAUGCGGUGGCUUUUAUUGAAACCAUGCACGAAGGGAUCGAAAAGUCGUGCCAACUCUUAUUAUCGAGGAAUAGAAACGAGGUGUUGGAGGUCAUGGAUUUCCUUGUAUUAACAGAUGCCUAUAACAUGGAGCUCAGCUCAAUUGGAGUGCGCAAAAUGCUGCACCUCGUCUGGAUGAAAGGAACAAAUGAUGAAGGUACAAGCAUCGUUUCUCACCUUAUUUCAAGUUACAAUCAAUUGUUUCUCACGCCCCCGGAAGGAUCUAAUUUUCGAGAAAAAGCCGCAUACAUUGCUAAGAAUUUGAUUCACUUAACUGAGAACACAUCUCCCGCUGAUUUGGCCUCGCUGGAGAAACUUUUGGGUUUAGUGUACGAAGCAAACUACAUCGAUCAAGAUGCGGUCAAUGUUUUAUGGGCAAUAUACAGCUCUGGAACCGAAACCCAAAGUCCUGGUGAAACAAAGCAAAUCCACGGGUCAAUCAUUGUACUUGGUAUGCUCUCUUUGGCUGACAAUCAAAUAGCUCUAAAAGGACUAGAUGCAUUAUUAAACGUCGGUCUGGGUAAGCCAGGUACAAGAGAUCUCGUUUUACUCAAAUAUUCCUGCGUUGCGCUUCAAAGAAUCAUUCCAAAGGGGAGCAACGCUGUAACAUCUAGUAUUGUGAAGGAAGACGAUGCUGUUCAAAAGCUGCAUGCACGAAUCAUCGAUUAUGUGGAAAACCCAGAGUACUAUCCUGCUUGUGAAGAAGCCAUAAAAGCCCUGUUUACAAUUUCUUCUUCUCCCGACAGUGUUGCCACCGAAAUAGUGAGGGAAAAGACUAUGAUGACAUUUGGCCGGAAGGAAGAUGAUGACCACCCGAACUACACUACUUCUAGAACAGUUUCAUUGGCUCAGCUCUUGUUCAUAGUCGGGCACAUUGCUCUUAAUACGACAGUCUAUGUGGAAAAGUGCGAAGCAGAAUUCAAAAAACGUAAGAUUGAAGCAGAAAGCAAAAGUAGCUCAAAGUCAAGCGCAAAUGGCACUCAAAGCACAGAAGAGCGCCAACAAGAACUCGAAAUGAUUGGCGGGACCAAUGAAGAUGACUUUACUGAUGCUGUGAAUUUUGUAAAAGAGAAGGAGUUGCUUUUUGGGGAGUCAUCCUUGCUAGCAAGAUUUGGGCCGCUGGUUGAAGAAGUUGUUUCUAAUAGCGCGAAGUUCGCGGAUGGUAUGCUUCAAAGAACUGCAGUACUUUGUCUCGAAAAAUUUAUGUGCGUUUCAUCCAAAUAUUGCGAGAAAAAUCUUCCCCUACUUAUCACAAUACUAGAGAAGUCUCCCGACCCUAUUAUUCGUUCGAAUGCAAUUCUUGGUCUAGGUGAUAUGGCGGUUUGUUUCAAUAACUUGGUUGACGAAAAUACGGAGUUUCUUUACCGACACUUACACGAUGAAGAUUUGAUGGUCCAAAAAACAUGUUUGAUGACUGUUACUUUCCUCAUUCUUGCAGGCCAAGUUAAGGUCAAAGGGCAGCUGGGUCAAAUGGCUAAAUGCUUAGAAAACUCUGAUCAAGGGAUCAGUGAUAUGUGUAAACUGUUCUUCACCGAGUUGGCUACAAAAGAUAAUGCUAUUUACAAUGGUUUUAUUGACAUAUUUAGUGGCCUUUCGAAAGACGAAGAAUUGGAGCAUAGUUCUUUCAAGAGGAUUCUGAAAUUUUUGCUUUCUUUCAUCGACAAGGAAAAGCACCAGAAGCAGCUAAGCGAGAAACUACUUUUGCGUUUGCAAAAGUCAGAAACUCAAAAACAAUGGGACGACGUUGCAUUUGUUCUCAAUAACUUGCCUUACAAAUGCGAAAAAGCCUCUGUAAUUUUGACCGAGGGCUUUAAACUAGUAGCAGCAAGGGACUGA